AUGACUAAUCCGGCAUCUCCAUACCUUCUCGACCGCUUGCAGGCGCGUCGCGCAAACCCCUUAACUCGAUCACGUCGCUCUUCAGCUGCGCGACUGACGAACCUGGACGAUGACCUUUUCCUCGACGAGGCCAGGUCCUGCGCCAACGAUGCCCUGACGACAACACCUAACAAGACGCAAAUCCCUACGAACACUACCGCAUCGCUAGGUGCACGCGAAAUGGAAAAGCGCAUGGACCAACUUCUCAAGCUCAACUUCGACUUGAAGCUGGAGCUCUUCCAUGCAAGAGAGAGCAUGGCGAAACUAAAGGAGAACUGUCAACUACUGGCUUCGCGCGCUGAGGAUGCUGAUCGGCUCGUCGAAGAGAAUGCUACACUUCUCGAGCUGAACGAUAGUUUGGUCAAGGAACUGGAACAUCGGGACGAGGCUGUUCAAGAGGCUGUAUCCAUCAUCUGUGAUCUGGAGGAAAGGUUUGAGCAGGCGCAACAGAACCAUCGCCAUCAGCCAAACCUUUCCGAGGUACCGCGUGCUUCUUCUGUCUCACCUUGUCCUAGAGCUGUGCUCUCACCGCCCAAAUCUGACAAAUCGUCUCUCACGCGAUCAUCUUCAGCGAGGCGUAUACCUUCCUUCAUGGACGACAAAAAGCCAAACACACGUGCUUUGCGAAGCGUCUACCUAGAGCCAAAACCAACGUUGCAUGAUGCGAGAAGCUUUGCAUCUUUCAGUUCGCAGAGGGAAGACGUCGACAAGUCCGUCUCAGAUAUCGAUACGUUGGACUCACCACAAUUGAGUGUCCUGAGCAAGAGUAGCUUUCCGAGCAUCUACGAUCUCCCGAGAGACCAAGACUCAAAUAAGUACGAGGAGAACGAGCUCGCCCUUCCUGACAGUCAACUGGACAACAUCUCACGAAAUGCUGGCAGCAAACACGACUCGGAUAGUGAUGUCAACUCUUGGAUCCAGGUACAGACACCACAAUCAGCUGAACAAUGUCCAUCGAUACAAAUGCCACAAUCUCGUACCCAACGACCAGCAUACUUUGCUCAAAACCGAACGCCCUCGCUCAAGGGCUCGACCUUCGGCGGAGCUUUGCUUCCUCCAACACCGGACAGCGCAAGCACGAGCGUCUUGCAAGACUCGUACAUGACCGGCCCUCCAGAUGCGCAGCACAGAACAGCCAAAAAUCUUCCCAAUGCCGCAAAACAUGCGGCGUUACUACACACUCCUGAGACACUGAGCAUCGCCGACAUGAGCAAACCACACACCAAAUCAGAAGUGAGAAACCCCAUGAGUGGCGCUGGAUGGUUCAACAGACAUAGUAUAUCUCUUUCCUCGACUGACGAGGAAGACGAGUACUAUGAGCAAUCAGACAGCGAUCGCACUGACAGCGCAGGAACAGACAGUUCGUAUCCUAACGGNGGUAGUAUUUUCAAGGGCACACCGUCGAGAUUCCAGGUCCGUCGCAACGUAUCGCCAGCCAGGAGCAUGCCUCAUGAUGGGCAAGGUGCUGAACCAACAACACGGCAAAACCUAAAGACGAUCGAGAAGUGGGCACUUUUCCCAAAAAGCAACGAAAAGACUCGCUUCCAGAUGGAGCGCUCGGAAACUGCACCAAAUCUUGCAGCAAUUCAAAUACCACCAGCGUCACUGCUGAGGAACAACUCCGCUCGCAGAUCUUCCAGCUCACGACCACAGCGCAUGGAGCGAUCAGAGACUACACCGAACCUGACGACGACUUUGCAGGCGCCGGAUGCUAUGCCAGUCUUCCAAGCAGGACCUCCGAUCAAGUCACACUCUAGUGGAGGUGGAGGUGUACGAGCAGCACUCUCUCAAAAGACACAAAAGCUCUUCCGCCGCAUGAGCGAACAUCAGACCUCCUCGUCAGAACAGAAACUCGGCCGUAGUGUCACUCUCUCACCCUCCAAGCGGUCAAGUGCCUCCAGUGGCACUCGUAGUGACGAAUCCUUGGCUAUGCAAGCAGCAAACCAACCCAGUCUUUCACGAAAUUUGAGUCCUUCUCGACCAGGCACUGGGGAGGCCAAGAGUCCUAGCCGUGGUCUGUUUUCGCGUGCAGCGGGGAGUUUGAGACGAUAG